GCCCCUUUUACCCAAAUAUCACAUCUUAAAUCCCAUGGAUUGUCAAGCAUUGCAGCAAAAUAUCAGGGAGAGCGGAUUUUGACAUUUUGGUGUAGGAUUAGGCUGGAUGUGAAGUCUAUGGAGGUUGGCGCUCCAUGGUCCAUGGGUGUGUGUGAGUGCGCUGGUGCCCGGGCUUGGUUGCUGGUAGCAGGGGUGGGUGCAGGGUCUGAUGUGGAGACUCAGUGUUUCCCCCGGUUCUCAGGAGGCUUUACUUGGUACACCUGCAGCCACUUGCUGCACUCUUGAUUGCAUGAGCAGAAGGCAGCUGUGGGUACCUAACAUGCCAAUCAACGAAUGACUGAGGAGCAGUACUUAACAGCCCAGGACCGGAGCGGACUUCUUUCCCCUCCACUGUUCACACGAUUCUCAUAUCAACAUGGCGCCCCCAAAGCAUAGUGUUUGUUGCCCACUCUGCCGUUCUGAAUUUACCUAUAUAGGCAGGCACCUAAGAAAUAGUCAUGGCAUUAAAAAUUCAAAAGAGCGAGAAAUAUUGAUCAAGUACAGUAGUGGGAGGGUCAAUAUUAGAAAAAUGCCCUGUCCAGUGGAGGGCUGCAGUUAUGCUAGCACAAGGCUGGACAGGCAUAUUGCUCAAGCUCACCCGGAGAUGGAGGGGGAGAGGAAAGCCCAGGUGAUAACCGAUUUGAAGUACCAGGUAACGGUGCACAUGCUGCGAGCGUUGAGCGCCACAAACCCGAGCCCUCCGAUGGUCUCACGCUUACACAUGGACCCAAUAGCAAGAGAGGAAGCAAAUCGGUAUCAUCCAACAUCAGAACCCCUUGAUGACGAACCAUCGCCUUCAUCCUGCAACUCGUGCAAACAGCUUGAGGCAAAGAACCUGCAGCUUAUAUCCGACUUGGGGCAACUAAGAAAGAAAUUGCUGUACCAGCACAGAUGGGCUGAAAGGGCAAAAAAAACAAUCAAACGACUGGAAGAGGACCGCCAAAAGGCAUCCACAGCCCCGGUUCCAAGUGUGGACGUUGAUGCUCUGGUGAGGAGUGAAUCUUUCUCUCCUGAUGAAGAACAGCAGCACAUCAACAGACCUAAGUCAAAGGGGGAAAGCCGGAGCACCCUCUGUUUGGCGAAAGCGUACCCCAAAUUCCCACCGAGCAUCUUGGAAUACAUCGCGGAGUAUUGGCAGCAUCUCAAAGGCUCCCGUGGUCUGAGGAAAAGGAUCGAAAAUCAAAGAUCCAAAGUGGGUAGAAUCAUGGCUUUCCUUUCGUUUAUAACCAAGGGACAGCCAAUCCUCCAGAAUUGGACUUUCCUCCACAAUAUGUCCAGGAUAUACCAGUGGCCAGAGCAUCUGCAGAAUGGUGGAAAAGCGGAGAACACAGUGAAGACCUACCUGGUGAAUUUGUCCCAGUUCCUGGGCUACUUCAGGGACACCCCUCCCUCCUCAUCCAGGGUUCCAAAAAGAGAAGUGUUUGCCGUGAUUCGUGCUAUCUCAGAGUGUAUUGCAAGCCUGGGUCCACGUGUUGUCAUGCGUCAGAUACGUGUAAAGAAAAAUAAGUUGAGCAGAACCAUCUCCAAGGACCAACUUCGCCUCUGCAAAGUCCUGGCCAGGAGACGCAUCCCUGAACUUCUUGAUGAACUGUCUGAGGACCCCAACCCGGAGGCGCGAAGGAGAUAUUUUGGGUACCUCAGUGUUUACCUAGCAAGCCUAUAUGGACACCGCACCGGUGUUCUAAAGAAUAUGACGGUCUCCGAGGUUGAUGAAGCCCAGAAGGAAGCCACAGUCGGGCAAGCGGGCUUCGUGAUCAAUGUGAAGGAACACAAAACCAACCGUGCGUUUGGCCCCGCACAGCUCUACUUAACUGUAGAGGAAUUCUCAUGGGUGGAGCAGUGGAUGAUCAUCAGACAGAAACUAAACCCACCCACAGACCUUCUUCUCUUCACCGAAAACUUCACAAAAAUCGAGAAACUCAUCGUGCCGAUGCAAGCCGCCUGGCGUGACAUGGGUUUUCCUGGGCGUCCCACAUUCACAGACUUCCGAACAUCAAUAGCCACAUACGCAAGGAAUACUUUGUCACCAAGUGACCGGAUCAACAUUUCAAAGACCAUGUGUCAUGACACGCGGACAGCAGACAAAUUCUACGCGCUCCACCGCACCGCGUCAGAGCUGGCUCGGAUCCGUCAGAAUUUCGAGGCAGCCGUCAAGCCACCACGUACGACGGUACAUGACACUGCCGAACCUUCCCUCCUCUCCAUGUCAGAAUCAUCAGGUGAUGGUGUUGAGGAGGAAGCGGACUGCGCGCCUCCCACCCCGCCUGCCGGUCCUUCGCCCGGUGCUGUGCCGUCCUCACCAACAUCCAGUCAGGCCACUGGAUCAACAAGCCCUGAUCACGCUUCUGAGAGCGACGUUGACUACACUGUUGACAGCGAGUCUGACCAAACCUCCGAGAGCGAGUCUGACCAAACCUCCGAGAGCGAGUCUGACCAAACCUCCGAGAGCGAGUCUGACCAAACCUCCGAGAGCGAGUCUGACCAAACCUCCGAGAGCGAGUCUGACCAAACCUCCGAGAGCGAGUCUGACCAAACUUCUGAAUACACUUCGGAGAGCGACCCUUCAUAUGAACCACGUAGAGGGACCCAACAACCCAGAAGAAAGAGACCAUUGUUUACCUACACGUUGAGAAAAAGACAACCAGGGCGCAGCCAAAGUGUACGUGUGCUGAGAUCCAGAAAAACAGUAAAAAAAAUAAUAAAAAAAUAAAUAAAUCAA